AUGACCAGACCUGACGAGGAAAUGAACAAACUCUACGAGGACCUGCACGCCCUCCAGACGACUGUGCCGAAGGCGGAUAAAUUGACUGGCCUUGGUGACGCCAACGCCCACAUCGACACAGACCAUGCUGUCUGGAGAGGAGUGCUGGGUCCUAGUGGUCUCGGCGGCUUCAAUGACAAUUUGCUGCUCUCCUGUGAACCAGCGCAGAGCGCCGCCUCCUCCUGA